UUCGCAAACUUCAUAUCAGGCGAUGAAGACCAAAAGAGGUGGUUUGAGGGAUGUCACAUGAUGAACCGUAUCGGAGCAUGCGCAGAAGUUGCUGCCGCCAUUGUCUUCCUCUGCAGCAGAGACGCAUCCUUCAUCACGGGCGCCGAUCUCCCGGUAGAUGGCGGGUUCACGGCACUCCGAUGUCGUACCGACNUCGACCAAGCUGCCGGGAAACAGUUGGAGGCUGAGCUCCAGGCGGCUGGCUUUGAGACGAAAUUUUACCAGGUCGACGUUUCCGACCGAGAGGCGUGCUUCAAGGCCGUUAGCCACGUAGCUAGCCAGUACGGUGGCUGCAUCAACUUUCUUGUGAACUGUGCUGCGGUAUUCACAUAUAAAGCUCUAGAUGCCGACACGUCCGACUGGGCACAAGUCAUGAGUGUGAAUGUGGCUGGAUACUCGAAUAUGGUACAGGCCUGCUUUCCUCACAUGAAGACAGCCCAACCUGACGCCAGAUCAGUCGUCAAUAUAGCCAGCAUCUUCGCCCACGUGUCAUCGGCCAGUAAGUGGCCGUACUGUACCAGUAAAGGUGCCGUGCUGGAGCUGACCCGGUGUAUGGCACUGGACUUGGCCAAAGAUGACAUACGGGUGAACUCCGUGUCACCGGGAUCCAUUAAUACGGCAUCGGUCGCAAAAUUUUUCGCAGGCGAUGAAGACCAAAAGAAGUGGUUUGAGGGAUGUCACAUGAUGAACCGUCUCGGCGAAAGCGCAGAAGUUGCCGCCGCCAUUUUCGCAAACUUCAUAUCAGGCGAUGAAGACAAAAAGAGGUGGUUCGAGGGAUGUCACAUGAUGAACCGUAUCGGAGCAUGCGCAGAAGUUGCCGCCGCCAUUGUCUUCCUCUGCAGCAAAGACGCAUCCUUCAUCACGGGCGCCGAUCUCCCAGUAGAUGGCGGCUACACGGCAGCAGGCCCUGAAAGGCAUGGGAAAGACGGAGCCCAGUUUACGGGCACGAUUCCAGAGUAG